UUAUGGGCCUGGGCCAUAGGCUUAAGAGUUACCUAUGUGUACAGCUGAGUGAUGACGUGUCACAGUCCAACAGUGUUUUGACUUUUUGUCUAUGGCGCCAUUCGGAAAAAAAAAAAAAGAGAAAGGAUGAAAAAUUGGUCCUUUCGUUUCCCAUAGUCAGGUCCAUCCUUCAAACGUCUCUUCGUCUCUACUUCUGGCGGGAAAGAAAGAGAAACCAGAGGACGAACGAGCAAUGGCGAAGAAGAGGGGGGAAAGAGGUGAAGGAACAGCCAGAGAAGGAGGGGGGGAGUACGAAAAGGUGAGGGAGAAAAGGAUCAAAGAGAACACUGAGAGGAUGCAGAAAUUGGGUAUCUUUGACCUCUCACUCAAACUCAAAGACCCAUCGAGGAAGAUCCCCAGAAAAGUUUCUUCUUCUACUGCGAACAAAACCAAAACCCCUCGUCCACUCUCUGAUCCUCCUCGACGCUCUUCUAGGUUGAAGACCUUGCCUUCAGUUAGCUAUAAAGAAGUUCGUCCUGAAAGGAAAAUGCCUCCAGGGAAUUAUGAGAUUUGCGUAAAAGAAGGUACAGAACCAGAGAUAUACACUGAAGACCAUGAAAAACUUCUGGGUGAUUGUAAAACCCCUUGGACUCUUUCUGUGGAUGGAUAUGGCAAGGAUGGAAAGCGCAUAUAUGAUCAGGUGAAUGGGAAGUCAUGUCACCAGUGCAGGCAGAAAACUCUUGGUCAUCAUACACGCUGUAGCAAAUGUGCCAUGGUUCAAGGGCAGUUUUGUGGAGAUUGCUUGUACAUGAGGUACGGGGAGAAUGUGAUUGAAGCCAAUCAGAACCCCAAUUGGAUUUGUCCUGUUUGUCGUGGAGUUUGCAACUGCAGCCGUUGCAGGCGCGGAAAGGGAUGGGCCAUAACUGGUGCCAUCUAUAGGAAGGUUGUAAAAAUGGGAUAUAAGUCUGUUGCACAUUACCUCAUCCAAACCCGGCGUGGUAUGGCAGGCACUAAAAGUAAGGAAAUUCUCAAUGUUGAUGAGAGUUCCGAUGGUUCUCUGGGGCGUCAAUCAGAGAAAGAUGGAGAUGAUUUAGAAGAUAGGGAACCUUACUGCUUGAAUAGUAAACAUGAUGGCUAUAACAGAAUUGAUGAUGUUAUUGAUGAUGUUGAUGAUGAUGAUGGUGAUGGUGAUUACGAUGGUAAUGAUGGUGAUAGUGAUGGUGAUGAAGAGGAGGAAGAAGAGGAGGAGGAGGAUGAAGAGUAAAACUAAGAGGAAUGGAGCAUGGAUGGCUGAAUUUUGAUGGAUACUAAACUAUCUAGCUGCUUAAAAACUGAAGCAGGCAAAUGGUUUUCUAGCUUUUGCUGAUGAGUUGCUGGAAGAUUGAUAAACUUCUUUUUCAAGACAAAUGUAACCUUUUGUUAGAGCUGAAAGACAUGUAAGAUCUUGUGAAAUGUGCUGAAAUGAACGAGGGAAAAUUUU